GUCCCCAACACAAUGCUGUCUCUUAUCCUAGAAUCGCUUUACACAAACCUCACGUUGAUUGUUUCCAGUGGUCUGACAAUAGCCCUCCUCGUUCACCUGGUCCCUUACCUCGUUGACUCCCAUGGUCUGCGCUCGUAUCCUGGUCCUCUGGUCGCCAAGUUUUCCGAUGCGUGGCUAGGCUGUGUGUCUUACAAAGGUCACCGUUCAGAAAUUAUCCAUGAUUUGCAUAUGAGAUACGGCUCCUUCGUCCGAAUAGCCCCGAACCACAUUUCCGUGGCUCGAGCAGACGCCUUGUCUGUUGUCUAUGGUCACGGAAAUGGGGCGCUGAAAUCGUCGUUCUACGAUGCCUUUGUGUCUAUAACACGAGGCCUGUUCAACAUCCGUGACCGCGUCAAUCACACUCGGAAACGCAAGAUUGUCUCUCAUGUCUUUUCACAGAAGAGUGUACUGGAGUUCGAGCCUCAUGUACACCGCUAUCUCCGUCAGCUGCUGGGGCAGUGGGACAGAUUGUAUGAUAAUGCUCUGAAAGGCAUGUCUGGGGACGAAGGAGAAGGUUGGACUGGUCAUGACGGGCGCCUUUGGUUGGACUGUUUACCAUGGGCCAACUAUCUCGCGUUUGAUAUCAUAGGCGAUCUAGCAUUUGGAGCACCAUUUGGAAUGAUCAGGGCAGCCAGAGAUUUAGCUCUAGUGCCUGAAGAUCCGCUAGCCGUUAUGGCAUCUUACGGUCAAGCGGGGGCGAAGUAUGCUAUGAAGGAAGUACCAGCCGUAAAGAUCUUAAACGCCCGAGGGGAAUACACUAUGCCGAUGGGAGCUUUUCCUGGAUGGUGGAGGCCGCUGUUGAAGCGAACUCCAUUGUUCAGGAAGGGAGGACAAGACAGCGAUACGUUAGCGGGAAUGGCUAUCGCUGCGGUUGCGAAGAGGUUAUCGGAACCUACUGACAAGAACGACUUGCUGAGCAAGCUGCAGGCUGGGAAGGACGAACAGGGUAAUCCCAUGGGCCGAGAAGAGCUCACUGCAGAAGCAUUGACGCUUCUCAUCGCGGGAUCCGAUACUACAUCGAACUCGUCCAGUGCCAUUAUCUACUUCCUUGCGCGCACACCGAGGGUACAAGAGAAACUUCACCAGGAGCUCGACGAGAACCUCGAUUCUGGCGUCGCCACAGCAGAUCAAGUGAAGAACCUCUCCUACUUGCAUGCAUGUAUCAAUGAAGGACUCCGACUUCACUCCACGUCAGCGUUGGGACUUCCCCGGGUAGUACCCGACAGCGGCAUGAUGAUCUUGGGAAAAUAUUUCUCUCCUGGUACGGUCGUCAGUGUUCCUAGUUAUACAAUACACCGGGAUCCGACAGUGUGGGGAGAUGAUGUGGAGGAAUACCGACCUGAGAGAUGGUUCGAGUGCGAUAGUGCGGCUAUCUUGAAGACGUUCAAUCCCUUCUCUGUAGGACCUCGGGCUUGUGUUGGGCGUAAUCUGGCAACGCUUGAAUUGCAUAUUAUCAUCGCAUCGAUCUUGAAACGCUUCCAUUUUGUAUUGGAGAAGCCUGAAAAACCUUUGCAAGUGAGAGAAGGUUUCUUAAGAAAACCGUUAGGAGUUAGGGUUGGUAUGAAGAGACGUGAUACUUUCUAGAUGGUUCAUCGCACGGGAAGUCUUCCAUACAUUGAUACGUAAAUCGAUAUAAUGAUAGAGCGCCUUAAUGAUUUCUAAAUCUGACUUGACUUCCAGU